AUGGCAGACAGCGACGGUCCGGUCGCGACAUGGUUUCCAGUCUCCAAAGAUAGCUGGGGACUGGACGUGGUCACUCUUCUCGCCGUCAUUGGCGAGUCGUCCAUGGAAGACCAUGCCCAGCCCAUCACAGCCUCCGUUAUGUGCCUGCUGCCACGCAUCUUGCCUGCUCCUCAGGCCCUUCUGAAGUCCAAGAGGCCCACCAGGCUUCCCACCUACAACGCGCAGAUGGUCGGAGUCCACAACGGCGUCGCCCUAGACUCCGUCGGCUUCUUUGCCAACAUCAUACACCCCCUCGACGACCAGGCACCCUACUCGUUCAAAGUCCUUGAAAUCAAGCACAGGGACGACGUCUUUGCGAAUGGCAUGGGGACACCACCCAGGAGAGGCUCCUGGGCCGGCAGGUUGUGGAACCGUUCGGCGGCAAAGGGCAAAUCGGCUGCUCUCAAGCACAGCGUAGACCGACCACCGUCAGAAAAGGCUGCCUGCGAAAAGGACACGCGUGAGGGUGCCAAGGGCGUCAGAUUUGACGACGACGUGGAAAAGGGGGACCAUCCACCUGAGCCGACGAUGGGGAUCAAAAGGCGUCGCACAGCCAAGGAGAAGGUCACCGACUUCAUGGCGAACCCGACCUUGACUCCUACCGCUCGCCCUGCGGUACCGCCUGCCUGGAGCAGCCCUAUCCACGUCGCCACAGUUGCCUCUUUCGUCCUGACGAUGCUCAUCUUUGGCCUGACGGCGUACUGGAAGGACGGAAACGCCCUGAUAGCCAUCUUCAUCAUCUCAGUGCAGGGGUCCCUCGUCGGGUAUGCUUCGUGGUGGCGCCCACGCCUGAUGGUCCGCCCACCUCACACCACGAAUGUCCCGCCGGGGGACAUGAUGAUCCGCACCCGGGAGGGCGCCUUCAUACUGGUCAAGUGCACCGAGGAGGUGGCCCGGGAGCUCUACACUGGGACAGAAGACUGCGAGUACCAUGUCGGGCCCAAGACGUACCGAUUCUUGAUGGCCAUGGGAACGAUGCUGCUCAUGGUGGGCGUCGUCCUACUCGGUAACACACGGUUCGAAGCGCAGGUGCUCAUCAGCGGGAGCUACAUCGCUCUGAACGGCGUCUAUUGGCUCCUGGGAAUGCUGCCCCGGCGGUACUUCUGGGACCUGUCCCGCUACGAGUGGAACGACAUCACCCCGUCAGACGCCAAGAACUCGGACAGGAUGGUCGUCGGUGGCGCGGACAACAGCGGGGUGGAAGGCUACCCCAGCUUCACGAGGACGCUCUGGUACGCCAUCCGCGAGACCAAGAGCACCGGGUGGGUCGAGCGCAGCGGAGCGGCGCCCAGCACGUCCCAGUGGAGGAGGUGGCUGAGGGAGGCCGGCGAGAACUCCCGAAAGAACCGCAACUGGCCCGCCGUGAGGCGAAAGGACGAGAUCAUGAAGGAGAAUGUCGAUGGGGCUGACUCCUCCCCCGGCGGGCCCGAGGCGGACCCUGCCGCCCAGCACGCGCCGCUCCGGGAGGUGCAGCCGGACCCUGAGACGGUCAAGACGGGGCACUUAUAG